AUGGGUAAAGCUACCACCACCUCGACUACGAAGUCCAAAACUAGGUCCGAAAAAAAAGAUACUUCCGAAAAGAGCGCCACCGAGAAAAGCGCCGCCGAAAAAGGUGAAAAAGCCGAGAAAGUCAUCAGGCCAUAUAAUAGGUUUAUGCAGACAGAACUUCCGAAAGUGAAGGCCGAAAAUCCAGAGAUGGACCAUAAAACUGCUUUUAAAAGAGUCGCUGAACUUUGGAAAACCUCGUGA